CCUCCAAGGUGUUGAAGUUGGAGGACGACCCUUGGGGGUCAUGUGCCAUGUACUCCCCGGACAAGAUGAAGUCCGGCGGAGGACUGAUGGCACCCCCCGGGUGUUUUCCAGGCCGGUACAGCCCCACGUACCGCAGCUCCGACCCGCGGCGCUGCGUGCCGAACCCGUCCAGCCGAAUACUGGAGGAUGCAUCAUUGAUGUGCAACUCCUGGUCACCGAGACACAAUGGUGACCUCUUUGGUGGACUAAACGAUGGGCUGCUUAGUCGGGCUGAGGCGUUGGCGGCAGUGGACAUCGGCAAACACCAAUCCGGGCCACAGCCUGGGCCACCAUUGCCACAGCUGAAGCACGACAUGGUGUACCAUCACGGUGUUGGUGGUCCACCUCCGCAUAACACAAGGCCGCAUCAGCCAUUUUUUCCGCAGAUGGGCCACCACGGCAUGGAAGGGAUCGAUAUGCUCGAUCCACUUACUUCAUCAUCGAUGACCACCUUAGCGCCAAUGGGGGAAGCGGCCCCACCUCACCACCAGCUGCACGGCUACGGCAUGAAUCACGUCAUGAACCACCAUCACCACGGCGGAGGUCUGGCCCAUGCCCCUCCAGCCCACCUAGGGCAUCCUUCAGCUGCCCUGCAUCCCGAUACCGACACUGACCCCAGAGAACUAGAAGCUUUUGCUGAAAGAUUUAAACAGCGGCGGAUAAAGCUCGGCGUAACUCAGGCUGACGUCGGAAAGGCGCUGGCAAAUUUAAAAUUACCGGGAGUUGGAGCCCUAUCCCAAAGUACAAUCUGUAGAUUUGAAAGUUUAACCUUGAGCCACAAUAAUAUGAUAGCAUUAAAACCCAUUUUACAAGCUUGGUUGGAAGAAGCGGAAGCACAAGCGAAAAAUAAAAGGCGAGAUCCGGACGCACCCAGUGUGCUACCAGCAGGGGAAAAGAAACGAAAGAGAACAUCUAUUGCGGCGCCCGAAAAAAGAAGUCUCGAAGCCUAUUUCGCAGUUCAACCUCGACCGUCUGGUGAAAAAAUAGCAGCGAUUGCGGAAAAGUUAGAUUUAAAAAAGAACGUCGUUCGAGUUUGGUUUUGUAACCAGCGGCAGAAACAGAAACGUAUGAAGUUCGCAGCGCAACACUGACCGGCGGGGGGCGGCGCUGCUCUACUGUACCCAGGCACUGGGUACGGGUACUAGACGGCAGCCGCACCCACCCCGGCCACGACUCGGCUCCCAGGGCCACAUCAGCAACGUCGGCGCCCACAACC